CCAGGUAACCACCCCACUACAAGCAGAAACUUUGCAUCAUUCACAGCUGACCUCUGUCUCCAUUUGUAACUAAAGAAUAGUUCUGGUUGCCUGGCAACAUCACAGCAGAGACUUUUUGGUGAGAAUUCCCAUUUGGUCACCAGAGCAGAUAUAGGUGGUUGCAAUUCAGCCAUGGGGAAUAGUGCUGUGAAUGUGACAAAAGUGCAAGGCAAGAAUUUAUAUAGGGGCAUUACAAAAUUGAAGAGAAAGAAGAAGUCACCUCUCUUUUGGUGUCAUUCUCCUCUCACUUAUUGCAGUUUUACAGCAGUACAUCUCUAUUGACAUCAGGGAAAGUUUACACUAGGGUUGGUCACUACAUUAUAUUUCCAAAUUCCCAUCCUAUCUGUGUUUUUCGGCAGCAGCAAUGGGAUUACAAAAAAAAAGAUGAAACUUAUGGGAAGAAAACAACAGGGAAAUGAAACGUCCAUCACAGAAUUCAUCCUCCUUGGAUUCGGGAAUGUCCCUCAGCUGCAGAUCUUUCUCUUCCUGCUGUUUCUAGUGAUCUACAUUGUGACCAUGACCGGGAACAUCCUCAUUUUUGCACUAGUUGUGACUGAUCAUCAACUUCACACCCCCAUGUACUUCUUUCUGGGGAACUUAUCCUGCUUAGAGACCUGCUACAGCUCCACCAUCCUGCCCAGGAUGCUAACCAGUCUCCUGACUGGUGACAGAACCAUUUCUGUUAGUGACUGCAUCACACAGUUAUAUUUCUUUGGUUCUUUGCUAACCACUGAGUGUUCUCUGUUAUCUGUGAUGGCCUAUGAUCGGUAUUUGGCAAUAUUGAAACCGCUACAUUAUGCAGUCCUUUUGAAUGACAGGUUCUGCCUCCACCUAGUGGCCUGGUCUUGGAUCAGUGGAUUUAUGUCUGUUGCCAUCAUAAUAUUUAUGAUGUCACAAUUAAGAUUCUGUGGCUCCAAUGAAGUUGACCAUUUCUUUUGUGAUUUUAGCCCAAUAAUAAAACUGUCCUGCAGUGACACCCACAUGCUGGAAGUUACUGCUUUCAUACAUUCCUCCAUAUUCACAGUGCCUCCAUUUCUAUUAACAGUGGCAUCCUACGUUUGUAUCAUCCCUGCCAUCCUGAGAAUCCCUUCCACUAGUGGGAGGCAAAAGGCCUUUUCCACUUGCUCCUCCCACCUCAUUGUGGUGACAAUUUUCUAUGGGACGCUAGUCAUUGUGUAUAUGCUAUCAGGCUCUGAGGCAUUGAGGGACCUGCACAAAGUGCUCUCUGUUGUCUAUGGAGCCCUAACCCCAUUGGUCAACCCCCUCAUAUACAGCCUGAAAAACAAGGAGGUAAAGGAAGCCUUGAGGAAAGCUGUCCUUAGAUUUUUUCUCUUUUACAAGAACACAGAUAUUUCACGAUAA